AAUCCCCAAUUCUAUUUUUGAGAAAAUCUGACUCAAAUUUUCUGGGAAAAUGUCAGGUCGCGGAAAGGGAGGGAAGGGUUUGGGGAAGGGAGGAGCAAAGAGGCAUCGCAAGGUCCUGCGCGAUAACAUCCAGGGAAUAACGAAGCCCGCGAUUCGAAGGUUGGCUAGGAGGGGUGGUGUGAAGAGGAUCAGUGGUUUGAUCUACGAGGAGACCAGAGGGGUUCUCAAGAUCUUCCUGGAGAACGUUAUUCGUGAUGCGGUGACUUACACGGAGCAUGCGAGGAGGAAGACUGUCACGGCUAUGGAUGUGGUUUACGCGCUCAAGAGGCAGGGUAGAACCCUCUAUGGAUUCGGAGGCUGAAGUUUGGAUUUUGGGUAUCUUGAUAGGGAGAUAUAAUUAUAGCAGAUUGGAAGGGCACAGAACAGUUUCAUAUUUUUUAGACCUCAGUUUAUAGUCCCAGGGUCUUUCUGGUUCUUUCUUCUUUUCUGAUUUUCUUUUUCUCCCACACUUCUUGACAUUCCUCUAUUGCCUCUUGUCUCCAGUGUUACAGGAGGUAAAAUAAGAAUGUCGAGAGUAUGGGAGAAGAAGACCCAGAGUCUCUUGUUGCCAGUGUUAUAGGAGGUAAAAGAAGAAUGUCGAAGAGAAUGAGAGAAGAAGAAGACCACGGAAGAAGAACUAGAAAGAUCCCGAGACUAUAAAUUUCUCAUCACGAUCAUUUCAAUCAUCUCCCUCCCAAUGUAUUAUGUAUAGUUUUUCUCUCUUCCAUCUGGUACUUACCAAACAUUCUAUUUUAUGCUUGAAUUUGAUAUGGAAGAUCCUUUUUUCAUUUUGCACGAACA